AUGCUUUGGAUGGCUCGCAUGCUCGGCCUUCUGCUGGCAAGUGUGCAGCUGAAGGAAGUCAUUGGGCAGAGCGUGCCAGUGCUCCCUGCUCUUGGCGCCCGCCUUGCAGAUGAGGAUCUGCAGAAGGGCACGCUUGCUGGCACUUUCUACGUCCGCACGCCUCGGCUUGUUUCUGGCACGCCGGAGAUCAGCUCCUUCCCUGUCUAUUGGGGUGCAGAUGAAACCACGAAACUCGACUCGCAGCCUCUUGUGAGCAUCCCUGUCUCUGCCACCUUUCCGACUUGCUCAGGAACAUCUUGCUCUUCGAUCACUAUCCAGUCGGUAUCGCCCACACGCUUUGAGAUCUCUCGCGGGAUGUCUGGAUAUGACAACCGCGAGUCUGCUACAGUCACUUUCCCCAGUGCGGGUACUGUGACAGUGACCGAGAUGGAUAUUGAAAGUGGAUGGGACUUCUUGUACAUCGCCCGGGAAUCCUUUACGGGAACUCUGAGCUCCUAUGGCGAGAUCGUUCGCGAGGUGGCGGCCGGGCAAGAGUUGUUGUGGAGCACGGAUUCAUCAGUGGUACGGAAUGGAUGGAUUGUGACCUUCCAAACAACUGCUGCAGACUUGCUCAGCACCAACAUCGGAGCAACUGCAAUUCCACAGGGUGCCUCGCACUUCUUGGUUUACUCCGCCAACUCCAAUGGUGAGAUGGCCUCACCCUUCCCGGUGCCCAUUCAUGAUAUGUUCGCCUUGCCGGCGCCCUCGGCACUGAGCUUCAGCGAUAGCAAUGACCUCGCGUACCAAGUGGAUGGCCUUUUGCAACUCACGGGGCCCAGUGAUACCAGUGACGUGCUCCGCUAUGAUGUAUACUGGGGUGGCGCAUCGGGUCGGUUGGGCGUUUGUUCCGCCACCGUUGGCUUCAGAUUCGAACCAGGCAUGCAGUUGACCCAAGAUUGCUCCGGUGAGACGCACUUGCAGCCGAUCGCCGCGGAUCUGGUGCCCGGGCCCACGCAAGUGGGUGGAAAAGGACUUCGUUUGGAUGGUUCCUUUGCGGCGACGGCGACGGCAGCGACGACAUCUUUACAACAACUGGUGUCUUGGACAGCUGCAGCAUGGGUCAAUCCUUCAGUGCAAUCGACUCGACUGGUGUCUCUAUUUGGAUCACCUUAUACACAUUACGAAUACUACUUUGCCAUACAGCUGACAGAGGCUUCAGUACCGCGCUGUGUGACCUUUCCGGACCUUUAUGGCUUUGGUGGCCAGAACUUCUGUGAAGCACCAGCUACCCAUGCUUUGAGCCGAAACGUCUGGACGCACGUGACAUGCGUCUACGAGGCCCAGGCAUCGCUGUCCGUCAAGCUGCUCAGGAUCUAUGUGAACGGAGCUCUAGUGCAGACGUGCAAUGCGCCGGAGCCAUCCUUCUCCAGCAUGGUCCACCAGCUCUUCAUCGGUGGAGAUCCGGUGCCGGUUGAAUCGGGUGAUCAGUCCUACUUCGAUGGUGCGCUGGAUGAAGUCGGACUUUGGAAUGAGUCUCUCACUCCGGAGGCUGUAUCUGACCUCUACAUGAGCUACCGUGUAGCCACUUGGUCGGUGGGGGAGACAACAAGCCGGCAGAUCAGUGCUAGGGCUCCGCAGGGCUCAAGUACCUUGCACGCGGUGGCCGUGGGUGAAUUCGUGGAAAGCACUCCGCUCGUCAUCCCGUUGGUGGACAGCGCAAGACCAGUGCAUCUUCCUGAAGGGAUUUCGUUUACAGAUACCGAUCCAGCUGCUGGUAGCUAUGGCGGGCAGGUCCUGGUGACCCGAGCCCUCAAUGAGUCCGACAUCUCACGCUAUGUGGCGUACUGGGGCUCCAGCUCAACCACUAAGCUCUCAAAUACGGCUGCCCUUGGGUAUGUGGACGUGGCAGGGCAUGUUUCUUCGCAGCUUUCGAUCUCAGUGAGCGCUGGAUCCGUUCCGCCCGCUGGAGCUAGCCACAUUGUGGUGGUGUCUUCCAUCAACGUUCCACCAGCCAGCGGAGAAAGCUCACAAGGUGUUGGUCUCGCCUACCAAGAUUAUGUGCCUCCAAGUGUCUUGGCACAAGCGGUGAGCUUCAGCGACACGAACCCAGUCCUGGGGAAGGUCUCCGGCACCGUACAGGUGACGAGAGCCAGCGAUGAGUCCGGAGUGGUGUCCUACAACCUCUACUUCGCUGACACCAAUGCGGCGCCACUCACGCUAAUCAACAAGGUGCCAACAUCAUCUUCACACAUUACCCUCACGCUGACCGACGUGGAGAUUCCGAGCAAUGCCACGAGCAUUCUGGUGCUGCUCGAGGGUGCUGGAGGGGAAGCACAAACUGGAGUCUCCACCAGCAGCCUCGACUACGCAGCCCUGGAUAUGCCGCAGGGUAUCGCCUUUGAAGAUAUCGAUUCACUGUCUGGUUCAUUCCAAGGCGCGCCGUGA